UAACCACUAUUUUGUACUGAGGAAACGCAGUAUGUCGUCUUUUUCGCGCUUUCUAAAAGAGUUGCCAUUCUUACCGAAAUAUUUCAGAGCCAAGCGAGAGUCUGAGAUCCGCAGUUCAACUGAUGCUGACCAGACUGGGAUUACAAUCAAUGUCUAUGAACUGGAACUUAACGAUGACAGCACCGAACAAUCACGAGAUACUGAUAGUGAUCAAGCUACAACAAUGUGUCCUACACCACGACCUGAUAAUAUUAGUGAACGUAUGUUAUCGUCUGCUACUAUCUCAAGGUUUGGGCUGACGUCAGCGCAACCGUUACGUUAUGGCAACGUUGUUGUAUUCUGUAGAAAAUGCAGAAAUGAAGUCUCUGUUCGAUAUUUGAUUCAACAUCGAAGACGGCAUGAAGCGUUGGAUAUUCUGAAAUAUUCGCCAGGUAUUUGCUUAGAUUUCUGAUUGUAGAGACCGUUUCCCGCCGACAACUUCCCGAAGACAUUUUAUUCUAUAGUAAAGAAAGUGUUUGUAAAUCUAGAUCGAUCCGUUAUGAACAAAACAGUUGUUCAACUUCGUGUCUUCGAUCCGCUAUGUGCAAAAUCUUAAAUUUAAUAACAAGCCGUUUUCACUUUGUUCAGGCUCUAAAGUAAACACAUUUAAAUAUUCGUUGGGGAUAAUGGCUUAGGUACACUCGUGUAAGUACAGUUGUGGUUGGUUCUUUCAACUUGUCUGCUCUGUUUAGAAGAUUCUGAAGGGUAUUCCGAUUUUCCUCGCUUACCCAACACUAUAACCCAUGUGCUUAUGAUCAGACAUGGAUUAUUUUGAUGGCAGCCAGAAGCACCUGAAUAAGCCUUCGGCACAAUCAUGUAUGAGUGUCUUAGGCAGCUCGAUUAUCACUUAGUCUGCCUACUUUAAGUUGCAGAGACGAACCGAAGAAAUCGUAUUAAGAUCCAAACUAACGAAUAUUUAAAUCUUUAUCCAGAACGAAAGUGGUUUAUACGGCAUUUUGCAUAAUCAUUUCGAAAACCCAAAUGAAGCUAUGCUGUUAUUAGAAUCCAUGACAAAAACCCUCCAACAAAAACCCCACAGACACGAAAAAAUCCCAAAUUACUGAAUUCGAACAGAAACCCGGUGUAAUUUGUGUUUGCUAGUCCUAGAUUCAAGAGCAAAGUUCAAAUUUGCCAUGUAUCAGUUAUAGGCAUAGGUCAUUUUGUUCAUUAAUUUUUAAGUUUGUUUAUCAGAGGAAACAAUAUAAUUUGUACAUACAUACAUGCAUACAUACAUACAUAAACUUUAUUUAAACACGGAACUAAGAACCAUCAGUACAAAGAAACUAGUGUUAUUUACAAGUUAUUAGACAGUAUAAAAAUACAGUGAAUGAAGAAGGAGAGAAGCGAUAAAUGGGAAGAGUAUAUACUGCCUGGUUGUAUAGAAAAAGUGGAAAUACUUUUAAAAUAAAUAUGAGCAAAGAAAAGUAUUAUAUAUAUAAAGUUAGUGUUCUUGUGACUAACAAAUUCGAAUGUUGUCCCCUACGUCACGCAGCAUUUGCUCCGACGUCUUGUGUCCAUCUCUGAAAUCGACGCACAGGUUUCUUUAAUCGUUCCUGUAGUUCCUUCGUUUCCAACAGAAACUGUGAGUAAAUCAUACUAUAAAAAAUCGUUUGAACUCAGUCAUUUGGUUUUGCUGGCGGAGAUUUUGUCGUCGGGAACUUUGUUGGCGGAGAUUUUGUCGGGAUUUUAUUGGCGGGGUUUUUGUCAUGCGGGCGUUUUGUCGGUAACUCACUGUCAUCGUCAUGCAAUUAUAGAAACAGCUAUACAAAUUCUUAAUUUUUAAAAUAGAAUUUGACUUUUUUGGAUGCAAUUUUAAAGGUGAUAUCCACUCCGUUCUGCGCAUCAGUUCUGCUCAUAACAAAGGGGGACCCCCACAUAUAAACAUUGCCCAAAUUUUGCAUCUUUCGAACUUUUUUCAAUUGAAACGUACAGUUUAUGUUCAUUUACAAGUGUAGCGAACCAGAAAAGUGUUAGAUAUUCAGUUAGUAUAUCAUAUUUAUUAGGGAUGAGCCGAUAAGGAAAAUUGCCGAUUACUGGGGCCGAUUAUGUAUAAGCCGAUUAUUGUAACUAAUCGGCCGAUUAAUCGGUAUCAACCGAUUAUUUUCAAAAGCAAGCGAAAAAUCACAAGAUGACCAACAAUGAAGUUGUAAAUGCGGUUUUAUUGUUUACAAUACACACUUUGUACAAUUUAAAACAGCUUCAGUCUCUCAUGUCAAUAGUCAAAGUUUAGUUUUGGCAGAUUAUGAUGUAAAAACAAGGCACUGUCAGCUAUGCGGAGCUAGUCUGCUGCCUUUUUUUAGUGGAAAUGUUCCCAGCUUCACUUCGCUUGAGACAAAAGACACAGGUUUUGCAACAAAAUGUGAAAAUCUAUUCGCUUGUAUUCAGUAUUUUAGCAUGUGAUCGGCAGUUGCAGAAAAAGUCUUAUGGCCGAUUAUCAGGCAAUAAUCGGCCGAUUACCGAUUAUUUAAAAAACGGCCGAUUAAUCGGCUUUGCCGAUUAUUUACCGAUUAAUCGGUUCAUCCCUAAUAUUUAUACAGAUUUUACAAAUAUAGCAGUUCAAAACGUAAACAAAGUUCGCGCCUGUGCACAGGAGUGAACAUCAUCUUUAAUCACAAACGUACAAAGAUUCUGUUUUUGUUAACUUUAGACUUUCCACCGAAGACAAUGCGAGGUCUACUUCGCAGGAGAAAUAAAACAGUGACUGAUCUGGUUGAGAGAAGAGAUUUUGACCAGGCGGACGUUUUCUAUUUUACACAAAAGAUAAAUAUCGCGUUUGAAAUUUUGAAAUGUGAAGUGGAAAGACGGGAAGAACAUGUGAUCAACACUUUGCGUUGGAGAGGUGAGAAACUCACUAAAGCCUCGGUCAAACGAGGAUGGGAGGUGAUUAGAGUUGCAACUGUCGCUCGCGUUGGACUGCCAUUCAUGCAAUCUCUUUAACUGUUAUAAACUUUGAUCUCGUUCAAAUUGAUGAGAGUUUUUGUCACGCUCGCGAUAUUAUCAAGUCAACUCUAAUGCAACUCUUGUUUUCGUUCGAUCGGGGCAUGCUAGCGCUGUUCUCAUGCGCAAACUGUCGACACUACAAUCGCCUCCAACAUUACCUGCUAUCUUGGCCAAAAAUCGUAGAACGAUGGACGUUUUCUCCUGAUACAAGCUUUCAUCCGCCCUCCCCCCCCAGUUUAACAUCUUACUUUGUUGUGUGAUAUAAAGUUUGUAAUAAUUUGCAUAUAACCAUGAUCCCACUGAUGAUCUAAAACCUAAAGUGUCGCAACAACUUUUGAACAUGAUUUGAGUAGUAUUUCUGUGUUUUAUUUUGUUUUCUUCUGAUUUCGAUUUUAGAAAAAGACAUUAGAACAGAAGGAAAGACAUUCAACUCUGGUCUACUGCUUGGUAUCAGUAAAUAUCGAACACCUGGGCGUGGUUUGUCUGCGACAAAGACUGUUCAUAUCGAUAAUUUCCUUGAAAACCGGGGAUUGUUUUUUGGUAUAUACCAAGGAUACAAUGGUAGUUAUGUUGCUAAUCUGUGUGCACGUGAGCUUCACAAGGAAGUUAAGGAGCAUCUACAUCAUUUCUCAGAUAUUGGUGAGAAUCCCGAGAUUAUCAAGUCAGCUUUUCAAGAAGCAUAUCGGAAGAUUGAUAAAAUUCAACUGAUCGGAGAAGGCGAACAUCCCUGGAAACGAUGGAGCGGUUGCUCAGCAGUGACGUGUCUACUUGUCAAUGAGAUACUUUAUGUUGCAAACGUGGGAAAUGUGAAAGGAUUUCUGAUCCGAGAAAACAACACAAUACGUGGCAUUACAUCAUCACACGAUCUGUACAACCGUAAAGAACGAUUGCGCGUGCGCAGGAAUUGUGGAGUCAUCGUCAAGACAGAAAGAUGCGCGCUUGUGAACGGAGUCCUGGACACCACACGAGGUCUGGGUAACCAAGGAGACUGGAGACUAAAAAUAUGCGUGAUUAACAAACCGAAAUUCCGUGUUGUAAAUUUGAAGAUAACGGACAAAAUGGUGGUACUCGCUUCUGAGGGAGUUUGGAAAAUUUUUAGUUACGAUGAUGUCUUGUUUCUGUUAAAUAAAUUCCUUAGAGAUGCUUCAUGUAAACGUCAAUACUCGGAGGAAUGUUUGUUGAGGGCGAAAACUCCAGAAGGUCUGGGUUUUCUGGGUAUACCAAGUGUCCAUCUUGAUUCUGAAUAUCGGGCUUACCUUAGAAAACAAAAUGUGAAUCCUAUCGACUCACGCGUACCGCAGUUUGUGAAGUGGAACCCGGAUAACCCAACCAUUGUGAUCAGGCGCGCAACAAUCGUAGAAGAAGAGCCUGUCUUGGAGGAAGAUGAGACAGCGAACAUAUCUAAGAAAUGUUAUUUCACAGAAUCCGAACAAGACGAUGACGAUUUACAAGAAUUAUCUAAACUCCUUAAUCAUUACAAUACAGACUCGUCUUAUACGAGACGUGAGAUCGCGCGCUUACUUAGCAAACGUUUGCUCAAGAGUGUUUUGAUUGCGGGUGCAGAAACUGAUAAUGUCGCAGUUGUUUUGCUUCUGAAAGGUUUUGAUCUUGAAGAGUGUAAAUUUAAAAAUAUAUAGGUGUGUUUCACGAAGUAGAGC